UCCAAGAAAAGACACUGACGAUACGUUUUGAUGUAGCCCGCGUUCCAGUUCGGGUUGGAAAUUGAUAAGAAUUUAGCAAUUCCAAUUCCGUCAUCAAUCCCGCUUAUCAAUCUGAUUCUUCGACUCUUCCGUCAAUUUUCAUUGUCGUUGUUACAAAACAUUCGGUCCUUUGACUUUGGACAAAAGAUAAAGCCUAUUUAGUAUGCAAUACAAUGUAUCCUUUGGAAAAAAGAAAAACGCGUGCAACUUCUCAAAAUAUAAUGAAAGACAACAUGAAUAUUUUUUUCUCAAGCUUAUCCCCAAAACCAAUAGGAACCUGUGGCCACCUAUUUUUUAAACAACCCGGUCGACAUCGCACCCGCAUACGAAGGCCGGGCGAUCAUGGCGGUGGAUGUUGCCAGACAACAGAGCACGCUGCAGCUAACAAAGCUAACCGAACGGGACAGUCGUCACUUCCAGUGCAGCGUUAAGAUACCCAAUGACGACGAAGGAACGACCGCGGCUUCCACGUCCCUUCUGGUCUUGGUUCCUCCCUCCAAACCAGUUUGCAGGCUGCAGGGAACAGCAGAAUAUUGGCACAACGUCACCCUCACCUGCACGUCUCAGGAGGGCUCCCCAAAACCGACUUACGAAUGGCAGAGCUACAGCGUAGAAAACGCACCCAGACAAUUUCCGCCCAAGACUACUGAGAAGGACGGAGCCCUUUCCCUGUUCAAUAUUUCACGGCAGACUUCCGGAUUCUAUAUCUGUGUAUCAACAAAUCGAGUUGGCUCUGAGAAAUGCAACUUUACCUUAGCGGUGAUGCCCGGCAGCAUGAACUUUGGGGGCACCGCUGGUAUAAUCGGUGGUGUAGUCGCUGGACUUCUACUUCUCGGCAUUAUCAUCUUUUGUUGCUACAAGAAAAGGUCCAAAAAGCCUGAGAAUGCUGAAGGUUACCCCAAAGAAAUGGAAUUUUCCGAUGCUCCUGAAGCUCAGUAUCGGGAUGACGAGUCCCAUGGUGAAAAAAAGCAAUCAGAAUACAAAGACGCCGUUCCUCAAAACAGUCACAACACGGGAAGUGGUGGACAUACACCGGAAGUCGAUCAUCAUCGUGGUUCCGAUAGUGGUAGAUACCGGACCGAGCGAGACCAGGAUAGCUACCGUGAUCGAUACCACGGUAGUCGUGAGCGCCUUGAUCAGAAUGAGGACAGAGGACGACGGGACAGGAUCGACAAUCACCGUGACAGUCCAGAUAGGUUUGACGAUCAGUAUAAUCGUUACGGUGGAAGGCGAGAUCGCCUCGAAGAACGGAACAAGUACAGAGGAAGUCAAGAUAGGCUCGACGAUCAGCGUGAUCGCUACGGCGGUAGUAGAGAUCGCCUCGAAGAACGGAACGAGUACAGAGGAAGUCGCGACCGGCUUGACGAUCAGCGCAAUCGCAACAGUCACGAUAGGCUCGAUGAUCAGCGCGAUCGCGACGGCGGUAAUAGAGAUCGCCUCGAAGAACGGAACGCCUAUAGAGGAAGUCGCGACAGGCUCGAUGAUCAUCGCGACCGCUAUGGCGGAAGUCGUGAUCGCCUUAACGACGCCUAUGAUGACUAACCCCAGGCCUCUAUUUGAGUUUCAGAAAAAUAAUUGAAUGUUUCUUCAUUUUUUUACAGAUCUUUUUGUGUAAAGUAUUUCCCUUUUUCGUUAACAUAGAAAAUGAUUGCAUUUUUCUCUGCUACAUUUGACAAAAAAUAUGACAUUUUGGUCAGGUUUACACCCCUAUUAUUAUUACUAUUGAAAUUUGACUGGAAAUCCGAGCUAAAAUUCUUCCUUCUUUAGUUAUAAUGCAUAAAGUAUUUUGCAUUGAAUUUGUCUGACGUGACUUGGUAAGCCUUCCAAUUGGACAGCGAUUGAAGCAUUUACCCUCCAAUAUCAGUUUUUAAUAAAUAUAUCACCUAAGCAUCAGCACAACAAUGGUGACACUGGGCCGUAAACCUAUGAAAGAAUCAUGAAUGUUACGAAAUCAUUAUUAUUUUUUUAGUAGUAGUAGUAGUAAUCGCCAUAAUACACUGCCAUCGAAAGGAGAGUUCAAAGCGUCUCAAAAGACUCCUAUGCUAUCAUCCAUCCAUUCAUUUUCUUAGCCUCUUAUCCUCACAAGGGUCACAGGUGUGCUGGAGCCUAUCCCAGCUGUCAACGGGCAGGAGGCGGGUACACCCUGAACUGGUUGCCAGCUAAUUGCAGGACACAUCGAGACAAACAACCAAUCGCACUCAGAAUCACACCUAGGGGCAAUUUAGUCCAAUGUGUGUCCAAUUAAUGCUGGAUGUUUUUGUAAUGUCGGAGGAAACUCACGCAGGCAUGGGGAGAACAUGCAAACUCCACACAGGCGGGUCCGGGAUUGAACCCAGGACCUCAGAACCAACUCUUUACCAGGUGAUCCACCAUGCCGCCCUAUCCUAUCAAAAAUAUUUGAAAAUAAAAAUUAAGUUUACAUGUUAAAAUAAUUUUUGAAGCAUCAAUUACUAUUUUGUAACCUAUUUACCAUCAUUUUAUUGAAUUGAUAUUGUUUACACCU